UGCCGGUCCGAGGGCACCGCUGAGGCGACGGGUCCCUGACCCCGAAGACAGGUCCGGACCGGUCCCGUCCGACCGUGUCGCCGAGCCCCUUCCGACCGUGACGCCGAGGACCGGUGGAGGCGCGGCUCCAGCACGAUGAAGGAUUUGGGGGCAGAGUACUUGGCCGGCCAUGAAGGGGUUCAGCUCUUCACAUUGCUGAACCUCUACCUAGAACAGGAAGAGAGAUUCCAACCUCGAGAAAAAGGGCUGAGCUUGAUCGAGGCUACCCGGGAGAAUGAUAACAUUUUAUGUCCAAGAUUGAGAAAUGCCAAAGUCGAGGAUUUAAGGAGUUUAACCAAUUUUUUUGGAUCUUGCACUGAAACUUUUGUCCUGGCUGUCAAUAUUUUGGACAGAUUCUUGGCUCUUAUGAAGGUGAAACCUAAACAUUUGUCUUGCAUUGGAGUCUGUUGUUUUUUGCUGGCUGCUAGAAUAGUUGAAGAAGAAUGCAAUAUUCCAUCUACUCAUGAUAUAAUCUGGAUUAGUCAGUGUAAAUGUACUGCUUCUGACAUAAAACGGAUGGAAAAAAUAAUUUCAGAAAAAUUGCACUAUGAAUUGGAAGCUACUACUGCCUUAAACUUUUUGCACUUAUACCAUACUAUAGUACUUUGUCAUACUUCAGAAAGGAAAGAAAUACUGAACCUUGAUAAACUGGAAGCUCAGCUGAAAGCUUGCUGCUGCCGACUUAUCUUUUCAAAAGCAAAACCAUCUGUAUUAGCUUUGUGCCUUCUCAAUUUGGAAGCAGAAACUUUGAAAUCCAUUGAAUUACUGGAAAUUCUCCUGCUUGUUAAAAAACAUUCCAAGGUUAAUGACUCUGAGUUUGUUUACUGGAGGGAAUUAGUUUCUAAAUGCCUGGCGGAAUACUCUUCUCCUGAAUGUUGCAAACCAGAUCUGAAGAAGCUGGUUUGGAUUGUUUCAAGGCGCACAGCCCAGAACCUCCACAACAGCUACUAUAGUGUCCUUGAGUUGCCAACAAUACUGGAGGCGGGGUGUUUUGAUGAAAGUGAAAGUGAGGAAGGACUCUUGUGA